GAGGAGGGGGUGGGAGUGAAGUACGUACUGAUCCACACUGGGUGUGUGGGGAAAGUGCUCAACUGCUUUUCUUCCAUCUACAUUCUCUACAAAUGUAAUGAAUGAAGACAGGUAUAAGUGGCUACAGAAAUACCUAUCUGUUCGAGACCUAAAGCUUCACUGUGAUCUGUAGAAGUUUGGGCUGUUGGAUGGUUCAAAAAUAGAAACUCUCUCCUCUGAACAGCUACUGCUUCAUUACAUAUGACUUUAUUCUUUUACUUUCUUUUGAUGAAAUCUAGAAUUCGUUUUCAGUAUCUUAUUCAUUAAAAAAAAAAAAAAGUGUCCUCUGAGAGCUCCUAAACUAGCAUCAAAAGAAAGGCCAAAACUUGCUAGGUCAAAAUCAAUUUUUAUAGGUCAUCUCACCUUAUAGUUAAUGAGUGCAUUUCCCCCAUCAGUAUGAAAUGUAGGGGCCCCUAAACUGCUAGAAUUGCUUAAAAGCCCUAGUCCAAAUGAAAAAGGGACCCAGUAACAUUAAUCCAAUUUGUCUUGUGACUUAAUCUUGCUGCUGUUUAUUGUACAACUGCUGCUCCUCUGAAGCAGCCCCCUUUACAUAUGCUUCAGCUGUUUGUUUAGCAAGUUCAGUCCCUCCUCCUAAGACAGUAGGUUUCCCUUCUACAUAACUUCAUCUUUAGUUAAGGGUCAAGGAAGUUGUAACUGAGGAACCGUGUUUGAAAAGGUGUAGCUGCUUCUUGUCUCUUAAAGCUUCUUUGCUAAUACUUUCAUUUAGUGAAGUGUAUACUUAACAUAUUAAUGUUGUGGUUUCAGUUAUUGGUGAGCUGGUUCUAGAGCGCUAGGUGGUAAGCCUGAAAAUAGAGGAUGAUGAUCACUGGUGGCUUUCUUUAGCAUAACUGUUAGUGUAUGUUGAAAAUAAGAAAGAACAGCUGGGAAACUUAAGGGAAUGCCAGCUAAAAAAUCAUCAAGGCUGUCUUCUGCACAUAGGUAGUCAUCUUCUGGCUCACGUACAGUUUCUUUUGUCUCAGAUAGUAGUUACAACUGUAAGCGUGCUCUGAGGUAGGUCCAUUCUCUUGUUGACAUCAGUGUAGUGGCUUCCUGCUCUAAUUGAGCCCUCUUAAAGCCAUUAAUUUCUUCUUGCUUAUGGUCUCAUUUUGAUUUAACCUUCCAGGCUCGUGAUUCCCUGGGGGUGGGGCAGUGGCAUACCUUGUACAACAACUAUUGCUCUGGUUACUACUAUAUAAAUACAUAGCACAGUGAAACUUGGUAAGAACCAGCUGCGUUGUGUGACCAUAUGACUCCUUGACAGCAUUAAGAAAACACCUUACCUCAGCUGGAAUCUGCUUUGAAAUGAUUCUGUAGACAGCAGUGUCUUUUUCUGGGCGAGAAAUUAGAGAGCAUCCUCUAAGUCAGACCUGCCAACAGUGUAAAUGUUGGUGAGGCUUCCUUACUGUUGUAUUCCUCUUGUAUAUUUUUUCCUUUAAAAAUAAAAAAUAAAAACAUGGCUGUUAGACUUCUCUCAAGGCAGUUAUUUGAAUCUUGUGUGUCCUCUGGUUAGUUUACAUCUGACAUGAGCUCAAGCUUCUGAAGGUACCAAAUUCAGUUGCUUUUGCUCAGUAAGAAUUCAGAGCUGUCUGUUAGCCUGGGAGGAAGCAAAUAAAACCUGUGAAGUAAAGCCACAGCACUUAAAGAAUAUGCUGGGCAAGUGCAUUUGCAGUGCAGUUGAGCUUCUAUGCUUUUUAUAGUGUAUCUAUCAUAGUCUGGCAGAUUCUUUUUUUUUUUUUUUUGGAGAUUGAGUUCAGUGUUUUGUACAUAUCUAAUAACUUCUUGAAUUCACCUAUGUGAACGAAAGCAGUUCCACAUAAAUUAGUGCAAGGAAUUUAUCUAAAAAACGGUACUCUACAUUUCACUGAAGUUUGUGGAAGUUGGUGCUCUGCUUUUGAGUGUUUCUGUUUUAGAAUAUGUAUAGUUCUUCUUUCUGCCCAGCCUUUUUAGAAAACAAUCUGGAGAAUGAUGUCCCUAGGAUACUUCUUGAUGUUCUCCCUUUUUUUUUUAAGACAGCUGUUUUGUAGGUGACUGUCUCUAGAAUUUGUUUGAAGAUAGCCUUUAUGCUGUAGUAAACAACUAUGUACUCUUCCCCAUUGAGUUAAAGAUGCUUCCCUGAAUGCAAAUCCUGAUAUUCCUCAAUGUUGUUUAGUAACAGAUAUGUAUUUCCCUGAACAGCAGAAGAUUGUAGCUCGUGUACCAGACAUGUGGGAGGCAGGAUUUAUGAUAGCUUUGUGCAGUACUCUCUCAAGAUCAUCUCUCUGGAUUUAUAGCAGUUGUGUGGAGUGAGAGUGAUAGGAAGAUUCUUCCAUCCUCUGAAGCUUACCCUGCCUCUAGGUUGAAUGUAUGAAGUUUGGUUUGCUUUCUGAAAUAUAAUUCUUUUUUUCAAAAAAAGAAAAAUGAUGUCUAUAGUAAAGCUUCAACUUUAAUCAGUUUUAGACUUGACUACUUGAAAGUGUGUAUGCCUUCUGAUUGUUAACCUGUGAAUUCUUGAAGCUUGCUAGUAUUUAUCGUAUUGGAGAUGCGACCUUCUCUUGUAGGCAUUGAUGCAAUGUUCUUAUCUGGAGUCUUUAAGCUCCCAUCUCCAGUUAGAAUAAAAAUUUCAAAUUAUUCCAAGUCCUACCAAAUUUCUGCUCAAAGGAAUUGAACUUGGUUCCUUGUAGUGUAACUUACCCAGAUUGUCUUGUGAUUGUAGUUAAAGCCUUUAUCUUCAUUUGUAUACUGUCUUAGAAUUUCUUAUCCUUAAUUCUCUUUGGUAAAAGUGAAUGGUAAUUGAUAAUUUCUGAGACUUGUUGUCUCAAAUGCCUAGGCUCUGCUCUGCAUUGUUUUUGUUGCAGUGACAAUCUUGUUAGGCAAAGAAAUGCUGAGUUAAGUGUAAUAUUUCAUUUUCUAAAAGGUAUAUUUUAUAGAAAACUAAGACGUAUGCUAAAUUAGUAGAAAAGCUAGGAAGUGAGUGGCUACUUCUGAAGUAGAUUUUACUCUGGAAUUACUAGUUAUUCUCCUUUUUGCCCCAGCAGUGUCUUCAGGAGAUGUGAGGUUCUGAACUACAACCUGGUCAAAAGUGAACAGGGAGAAUAAACUUUUUAGGGGGAAGUUGUUAUGUUUAAGCUCUUGAUAUGGUUCCAGUUUAAUGUGAGAUGUCUUUUUUGUUCUUUUCCCUACAAAGUAAAACUUAAAACAUUCUUUUAAAAAACCAGUAAUAGUCCCAAAAUGUGUUUGAGUGUGGCUAUGACAAGGUAGACAUUUAUGCUUUCACUGUUGUGUGAGCUGUGACAGUGAAUCUUUUGAAGCAGCAUCCUACUGUUGUCUGUCUCAAAAGUGACCUAAGCACAGUGUUCUUAUUUUCCAUGGUUAAACCAAACUGAGUCAAUGUUUUUCUUUGGCCAGUAGAACAAAUGUGUCACUGGUUUUAUUUGAUACUCCAUUUUAGCUAGUUGUGCCGGUGUUCUACCCAGCUAAUUCCUCUAAGUUGCUAAGAGAUAGUUUAAUGUGUGGAAUGAAAUCUACUGAAGAAUUCCAGAUUUUGGAGAAGACCUGUCCUUUGGCACUUUCACCAUAAGACAAGAAAUAGGUGGUAAUUAGACCUUUGGUUUGUUUCAGUAGUAUCACAAAUCUGGAGACAGUGCUGUAUUUGCAGUCACCUUUACCUUCCAGAUAUACUUACACAACAAAAAAAGUUGAACUGCUUCAAUUGUGCAUUUUAUUGUUACUUUGCUGUUGCUAGCCACAGGGGCUAAAGCUUCAGUUACUUGUGCACUCUUGAGAAGUUCUAAAUGUAGGUGCUUAAGUGUAGAUAUUGUGUCCAUUUAAAGUAAAAACGGACUUGUAUAUGUUAAACUUCUGCUGUAACUUAAUAGUUCUGCUGUAACACAUGGAUUUACGCACUAAGACGGUUCCAUUGUGUGACAGCAAUCUUUAUACUUUAUUAGAAGAUUCUUUAGUGUAACUUUUUGCACCUGAUAUUGCACAUGCAGGCUUGAAUCUGUGAUUCAAGAGUAUUUUUAAAUAUCCUUACAGUUAAUAGAUAAAUUCCAUUGCAUGAAGUUAGAUACUACUAAAAUGUUUGAAGGAAUCAAGGCAUUAAUUUUUAGUGUUUUGUUUUCUGCCUUAAGUGCUGUAUAAAUUCAAGUUCUAAUGCACUGCUGUGUUGCCUGAGGUUUAAACUGAAAGUAUAGGCAAGUUAUUCAUCUAAUAUUACUGUAUUUCCAAGCCGUUAAGUGCUCCUUUGCCCCUGGUUAACAAACUGACUUGGCUACUCUGUGGUAAGAGGUAAGCAUUGUCACUUUUGCAGAAGUCAAGUUUGCUUUCCUCACAUGACUCUAAAGAUAGCAAGUGAGUCAAUGUCUGAAGCAGUGGCUGUGCUGUUUCUCAAGUUUUAGAAUGAGGUUGAAGGGACUGAACAAUUAUUUCUUCUGCUGUACAAUUCUUGGUAGCUCAGGAAUACGGAAUGGUUUUUAAGUAGGUGCAAGGUCUUCUUUGUAUUAAUUGAGGGUUUAUUUAAAAAAAAAAAAGAAAAAGAACAAACUCCUUGGAUUAGGAGUACAGACCUUGCUCUGAUAGAAUCAUAGAAUCAUUCGAGUUGGAACCUUUAAAGCCCAUCUGAUCCAACCCUCCUGCAACGAACAGGGACACCUACAGCUCAGUCAGGGUGCUGAGAGCCCCUCCAGCCUGACCUUGGAUGUCUCCAGGGGUGAGACAUCCACCACCUCUCUGGGCAACCUGUGCCGGUGCUUUACUACCUUUACUGUUUUUGUUUGUUUUUGUUUUUUAAGUUUCCUUAUACUCAAUCUAAAUUUCUCACUUUUAGUUUGAAACCAUUUCUCCUUGUCCUGUCACAACAGACCCUGCUAAAGAAUGUCCUUUUCUUUCUUAUAGCUCUCUGUUAGAUAUUGAAAGGCUGCUCUCAGAUCUCUCCAUAGCCUUCAGCAUAUGUCUGCUCUCCUUCAGCUAGGAAUGAAAGAAGGAAAGGGAGGCUUCUCUGAGAAGUGUAGAGAAGGUUUCCUGUCAGUUUUAUUUUAGUUUUAUUUUAUUUUUAAUGAUUGAUCUAGUGAUUUUAAUGAUAAACAUUGCUGUUUAGCUUUAGCUCUCUCAUCAUUCUUUUGAGGAAAAAGAGAUGGAAGACAUCUUGGUUAUGGGAUUUCCCAGUAGCUAACUAUUUCUUAUUUUACUUGCUUCACCCGGGAGUGUCUGUGUAUAAAUAGCUAAUACUGUCUCAAAGUAUCUUACCAUUAGCUUGUUCAAUUACUUUGGUGGACUGAAUGGAAUAUUUGGGAAACUGACGUAAACUUUUAUUUAUAAUUGUCACUAGGGCAGUGUGACUUCCCAGAACACUAGAGUGCUUGUGGCUCUUCUGUUAUUUCGCUUUAUUACUUUAUGGUUUAGAUAUCAGCCCUAGUAAUGUAUUCUUAUUUUCUCCUUGAGAAAAAAAAAAUCCUCAGAGUACGCAUAGAGAUUCUUUCUUAGUUUCUGUGGAUCUUAUUUACUUCUUCUGAUAUAUCCAAGUAUACAUAUGUAUUGACUGUAGAAAUCAUACUCAGCAGAGCUGUUGUACAGUUGUGGGUCCUGCUAGUCUCUGGGGAAGUGCAGUGUUGGAGAGCAAUACUGACUCUGAUUCAAACUUCAUAUUGUAAUGUAUGACUUGUGCUUGUCAUGUGCAUCUGGUAGAACUACUUUGCUGAAAUUCUAUCGAUUUGUUUAACAUCAGUAUGUAUCAGUAAGCUGGUACUCUUAUCAAUGCUGAUUUCAGGCAUUACAGUAUAAGAGGGUGUCAAGACUAGAGCAGGUUCAGUGGAGAGCCAUCAAAGCGAUCCAGCCACUUUAAUGUCCUCUUACACCAGGUGAGAAGAGGUGAAGGGACGUCUUCAGCCUGGAGAAUGGACUUCAGUAAAGGGAGAGCUAAUAGUGACCACUAAUAACUGUGGGCAGGCUGUUGAAAAUACUGACCAGGCUCUUCACAGUAUGUGGAGGAUGGGGUGGGCAAGAGACGGCAGGAUUGAGUAAAAUAUUGGAUUUAAGAAUAAUGUUUCACAGUGAAGAUGUCAACCAUCGAAGCAGGUUGCUGGAGGAAUUUGCAGUGUCUAUGUUUGACUACUUCAGUUAUCCAGAUAGACAAAGCCCUGAGUAGUCUGGACUGAUCUUGCUGACUAUGCUUUGAGCAGGAGGUUGAUUAGAGAGCCUUUUAUUUUCUUUCCAGCCUGAAUGAUUCUGUGAUGCUAUAACAGAAUAGGCACAAAAACUCAAAUUCAUAAAUAGGAAGCUGUCUGUGCUGGCAUUUGAAACCAAGUAUCAGUUCUGAGCCUAUGUUAAGAGCAUUAAUGUUGAUAUUGUGGGUUCAGCGGAAGCACAAGAAGGUUUUUAAACUUCAAGGAACUCCUUGAAGUAAACACUGGAGCUUAUGGGUGUAAUACAGAAAAUUGCUGAAUUUCUUUCUCUGGAUAAGUGUUUUAUUUAAAAAAAAAAAAAAAAUCAAGAAGCCUGAGCUGAUUGCUUAAAAAUUCAGUAAUUCAGUGCUUGAAUUCUCGGAAAUGAAGAAACUGUUGCAUACACUGUCCAUGGUACUGCAGGUGCAGCCUGUGCCCCUCUGCAGCUUUAGUGAGCCUGAGAAUGCAGCAGUAGCAGUGGUGGUGGGACUGAAGAUGGAUAGGGUAUGUGUGUGUGUGUGUGUGAGUGUGAUUUCUCUUCUUUGUUUUUGUCUCCUGUAAGGUUUUCUUCUCACUUGCCCUUUGAGCUAAUAUUUCUGUUUGAAGUCUCAGGAGUAGUAACAGCCCUGUUUGUGGCAAAAUGCUGGGUUUUGUAGUUGUCUGCUAUGUAAAGCAUGAGAAAGUGAGCGCACUUCUCUUCUGUUGGUUAAAAAGCACAAUUUUAUUGUAGAUAAUCCAAAAUAACUUCUACUUGUAACUAGAAGUAUACCACAAUUUGUCUUACAGCAGAAUUUAAAGUCUCAAUUUUCUGCUUAAACCAGAACCUUUAAGUACAUUGCUAGUGAUCUGCAGAGUUAUGAAUCAACAAAUAAAAUGUAAAGUUAGCUGUCGAACAUUGCUCUGGUGGUACAUAGCUUCUGCAGUGUCCCCUGGGAGCAUGCAAGCAAGAAAGGAAAUCUAGUCCUAGCACCCAAAAUGUAAUUCUCUUGUUCCUUGAGCUGUGCCUAUAGAUAUUUAUAAUAGUUACUUUAGGCCUUACAGGUAUUCUUUUUUCACGCUUAGGAAUUUUCUUUGGGUAAUUAGGAAAGCUUUUAAACUAUCCCUUUGUUAUGAUGAAAUUGCUGUUAGAUGGAAGUAUAAGGAUACAAAUAGAAAAUUACUGAAAAAAAAUUCUCAAAAAACUGGACAAGAAUUCUCGCUUUCUAAUUGUUGCACACUAUGGUUUCUGGUGGUUUAGUGGCAUUUGAAAAUGAAAGCUGAUUAUGGACUAACAAACUAAUACAGGUCUUUGUAAAAUAUUCAACGCCUUUAAAGAAAGCUGUAAAGAAAUAUAGUGUGUGAGAACUUUUUGCAUGUUCAGUAAUAUUCUUCAAUUCUUUGUCCAUCAAGCAAGUUUGGCAAGAAUAAUAUAAAUAAUCAUAUUCAUGUACCUUAGUUAUGGUCUGGAGGAAUGAGGAUGUAGUUUAUUCUUCAAGUUGACAUUGGUAUGUGACUUUUCAACACAAAUGGUAACUUAGUGUGGUAAGGGCAAACUGGGGUACUGUAUGUACUGGAUAUCUUGACUGCAGCUGACAGAUAUGAUAAGUAGUUUACGUAUCAUGGUCACCACUAACCCUGAACUAGAUCUGGGCACCAGCUAAAAGGUCAGAGUUCUUAAACUUUCAGUGACUACUAGAGUACUGAAGUUCUGCAAACCACAUAAUUUUUGCUUUCUUCUGUUUAAAAAAAAAAAAAAAGUAAAUGAAGGACAGAUCUUCCUCUAAAUGCGUAAAUUCUUUCUUGGAAGCAUUGAACACAACAGUACAUUUUUUGUUGUAAAUUAUUGCCAUUUGCCUCCCAUGUAACUUAUCAGUGGAUUAGAUUUAUAUUUUGACUACUGUUAGAUAUAUUGAAAAUAAAAUUUUAAUGUUUCUGUGUCUAAAAGUGCAAAGGUAAUGCUUAGCUCAAGUGUUAUUUUUGAAGAAUGUGUAGGGGGAAACUACUUACGCCACAGAAGUGGUUCUGCACCACAGUCCUUUUAUAGUUAAUUAGUAUAAGAGAGUGAUUCUGGAAAAACACAGUGACCUGUAAAGGCUGGAAGAAAGUUGAGAGGCAGACUUGGUUAUCUAUGUAUCUUUAUGGUGAGAAGUAAACUUACAAGCUUUUUUUUUUUGUCAAUUGAUGUAUUUUUAGGGCAAAAUGCAUUAUGAGAACUAAUUCUAGCCAUGAAUGACUUCAGUUGAAUCUAAAGUACUUGAUAUCAUUUACAUAUAGAUACGUAAUAGAUUUUGCCAUUUAUACCUUAAAUUAGUGUUGAACCCUGGGCAAGACUAAGUGCAAGGUUUGUAGACAUGUCCAAAUGGGAAGCAAGUGUGGUUGGGAUGUUCAGCAGCCAUAAUGCUGCAUGUUAUAUGCACAAUGUGAUAGUUCUGUAAUAGGUACUUAAAAAAUCUUUGAUCCCCUUUUAAACUGCUACAGGAUGUUUAAUUUACUACACAGAUGUAGCAUGAAGAGGGCUCUGUUGUCCUCCUCCCUUGUCUGAAAAGACUUGGCUGUUAAGGGUAACUUGUGAUGCAUUCUCUUGCAAGAGCAUCUUAAAGGUCUCUUCUUGCUCUUUCCCGUAUUGGUGUAGCUAUUGGCUUCCUCUGUAAAGCAAUAGUUGAUCUUAAACUUUCAAAACAGCCAUGCUUCUUUCUGCCUUUUACUGAGGAUGAUGAUGUAAAUGAUAAAUAGUUCUUACACAUAAUCUUAGUACAAUUUUAAAAAUGGAUUCAAUGAACUUUUCAAUUUUGGUAAGAAUUUAGGACAUCAGAAUUUGGGAACAAGUGCUGAUUAUACUAAGGAGCCUAUUUAUACUUAAUAGCAGUCAAUAAUUACUGAGUUUUGGAAGUACUGUAUUCCGUCAUCCUAUCUCACUGUGCAAAAAGAUGCUUUGCUAUGAGCUGGCUGAAACUGACACUGAAGAUUAUUACAGGUGUGCAAGGCUUGGAUACAGAGAUGGUAUCUUGAUGUUAAACUAGUAUGCCUGUUUAUUACUGCCGUUGGUCUAAUAAGAUACCAUCUCAGCCUACAAACCUAGCUAUGUCCUUAAACCAUGGUGGCUACUUUGGCAUAAGAGUAUAUGUGAGACACCAGGAUGUGACUUCUCAGUCUUUGGCAGCUCCAGGACUCUGCAGCAGUGCACAAAGCUAGGAGGAAGAAGAGUUUUCUUUUCCUGUAUUUGCAUUCUCACCCCUUCUUGUGACUGUCCUUGAUCCAUGCGCUGCUGUUCAGAAAUAGCUGCUGUUAUCUCAUGCUUUGUUUUUGGUAUUAAUACACUUGUGUUCAAAUACAACAAAGUGACUUGUGAUUUGAAGGGGAAAACCUUAAUUCUGGGUAAUGUUAUCUUUUUCUGUCCCAUGUGCUGUGGUCUUAAUCAAGGAAUUAGAUGUCUAGUGGCUGUUAAUGUCCAUUUAAUAGUGAUUAGAACACUCUUCAGACUUUCACUGCGACUAUCUUCCUAUGAAAAUCAAAAAGCUAAGCUGUAAUUUUCAUAGAAAUGCAACUUUUGGGCAGUAGUACUUUACUUUGGGUCUUCUUGCAGGAUUGGUCUUGGGGAGCAGCAAGAGAGCCUGGCAGCUGUUGUAAUCUAUAAUCCUAAGGAAUGGGGGCAGUGGGAAGAGCGUCUCUGCUGCUGUCGUCAGACUUUUUCUCCCGGGAGAGGACGUUACUCUUCUAUUUCUCUUACUUUGGAUUCUUACUUUGGAUUUCUUCUCCGUACUGCCUACUCCACCCAGUGAGAGUUUCCUUCCAGACUUUGGGAAUUGCGCUGCUGACGUUCCAGCAGCAGCAGGAACACUUCAUCCAUUUCCAAAGCUCCUCAAGUGCUGACCUUCUUUAUCUAUUAAGUUAUUAUAAACUUUUGCUGCUCUGCGAACACAUAAAGAUGUCUCGCAGCCCUGAUGCUAAGGAAGACCCUGUGGAAUGCCCCCUUUGCAUGGAGCCUCUGGAGAUUGAUGACAUCAACUUCUUCCCUUGCACCUGUGGCUACCAAAUCUGUCGUUUCUGUUGGCAUCGUAUCCGCACUGAUGAGAAUGGACUUUGUCCUGCUUGCAGAAAGCCAUAUCCAGAAGAUCCAGCAGUGUACAAACCACUCUCCCAGGAAGAGCUGCAAAGGAUAAAAAAUGAAAAGAAACAGAAACAAAAUGAGAGGAAACAAAAGAUAUCAGAGAAUCGCAAACAUUUGGCCAGUGUACGGGUUGUACAGAAGAAUCUUGUCUUCGUGGUAGGGUUAUCUCAGCGCCUAGCAGACCCAGAGGUUUUGAAACGACCAGAAUAUUUUGGGAAGUUCGGUAAAAUACAUAAAGUUGUAAUUAAUAACAGCACAUCAUAUGCAGGCUCACAGGGUCCAAGUGCCAGUGCAUAUGUAACCUACAUCCGGUCAGAAGAUGCUCUCAGAGCCAUACAGUGUGUCAAUAAUGUGGUGGUAGACGGCAGAACACUUAAGGCAUCACUAGGUACAACAAAAUACUGCAGUUAUUUUCUAAAAAAUAUGCAGUGUCCAAAACCAGACUGUAUGUAUCUACACGAGCUAGGAGAUGAAGCAGCCAGUUUCACAAAAGAAGAAAUGCAGGCGGGUAAGCACCAAGAAUAUGAACAGAAACUACUGCAAGAACUAUACAAACUAAACCCCAACUUUCUUCAGUUAUCUACGGGUACAGUUGACAAGAACAAGAACAAAGUGACAGCACUGCAGAGGUACGAUGCACCCAACAGUAAUAACAAAGAUGCCUGGCCAUCAUUACAGAGUUCAAGUAAAUCAGCCAACGGCUUAACAAUGGAACACAGGAAAACGCCUCCUAUAUUAGAAAAUGGCACAGACUCAGAACACAUGACUCCAGAUGGUGCAGACUCAGAUUUCGGCCCUAUCGACAAACCUUCAGAUUCCCUCAGUAUAGGAAACGGUGACAGCUCCCAGCAGAUAACAAACAGUGACACACCUUCGCCACCGCCUGGUUUAACAAAACCCAAUCCAGUCAUACCCAUCAGUUCAUCUAACCACAGUGCACGGUCUCCUUUUGAAGGAGCUGUAACAGAAUCACAGUCACUCUUCUCUGACAACUUCCGGCACCCUAACCCCAUCCCUAGUGGGCUUCCUCCGUUCCCCAGUUCUCCACAGACUUCAAAUGACUGGCCUACAGCACCAGAACCACAGAGCCUCUUCACAUCAGAAACUAUACCAGUAUCUUCCUCCACAGACUGGCAAGCGGCUUUUGGGUUUGGUUCCUCCAAACAGCAAGAGGACGACUUAGGGUUUGACCCCUUUGACGUCACCCGCAAAGCCUUAGCAGACCUGAUUGAGAAGGAACUGUCAGUUCAAGACCAACCUUCGCUCUCGCCCACAUCUCUUCAGAACCCUUCCCCACACACUACAACUGCCAAAGGGCCAGGCUCUGGAUUUCUGCAUCCUGCUGCACCCACAAAUGCCAACUCUCUCAGUAGCACCUUUCCAGUCAUGCCACAGAGGUUCCCACAGUUUCAACAACAUCGAGCAGUUUACAACUCCUUCAGUUUUCCAGGCCAAGCAGCUCGCUAUCCUUGGAUGGCCUUUCCACGCAAUAGCAUCAUGCACUUGAACCACACAGCAAAUCCCACCUCAAAUAGUAAUUUCUUGGACUUGAAUCUCCAACCACAACACAGCACAGGUCUGGGAGGGAUCCCUAUAUCAGACAACAGCAGUUCUGUAGAGAGUUUAAAUAUGAAGGAAUGGCAGGACGGGCUAAGGGCACUUCUACCGAACAUUAACAUCAGCUUUGGUGGACUGCCCAAUGCUUCCUCCCCCUCCAACGCCAACCACAGUGUACCAACGUCCAACACUGCCACCACCGACAGCCUGAAUUGGGACAGCUCUGGCAGCUGGAUGGACCCCGCAAUCAUCACAGGUAUCCCAGCCUCCACAGGAAACAGUUUAGACACCCUUCAAGAUGACAAUCCUCCACAUUGGCUAAAAUCUCUUCAGGCCCUCACAGAGGUGGACGGCCCCAGUGCAGCGCCGUCACAGACGCACCACAGUAACCCCUUCGGCACACAGAUCCCUCUGCACAGAGCCAGUUGGAACCCCUACUCUCCUCCUUCAAACCCAACCAGUUUCCAUUCCCCACCCCCAGGCUUUCAGACAGCCUUCAGACCCCCCAGUAAAACCCCCACAGAUCUACUACAGAGCUCAGCGCUGGAUCGUCAUUAGGAAAGGAGGAAAAAAAAAAAAAAACAACCAACGUUAGAAAUGCAGGAAGUGUCCCACCCCAACUCCUCCCCACACCCACCUACUGUUCCCUGUCAUAUCUUUCUUUCUGAAGAAUCCAGUUCCUGAUCAAACCUCCCCCCCAAAUGCAAUGCCAUCACAGGGUCGUGGCCGGAUCUUUUCAUUAAGUUUCUGCUGAGCCGGUGUUUGAAAUGCACUGUUGGAAAUAACUUCUAAACAUUCUAAGGAAAAAAAAGAAAGAGAGAAAUCCAAAUGCAGUCUCAAUGCUUAAGGAGAAUAUUACUGUCUUAUGUCUUUUGCACAUGAGUAUUCCUGCCUAGUGGAAAAGCGUCAGUCUACAAUAGGGGAAAAAUGCAAUGCAGAACCAAAAGCAGAAAUACGAAAAAGGUAUUUAAUUUAAAUGAAGUUACUGAGCAUGUGGGGCAAGCAGUGGCCUACCAUUUAUUUUGCAUUCAGUGUGGCACUAAACAGGGAAAUUGCUGUUUUUUUUUUUCUUUUUGGAAAAGAGGACUUUGUGUCACUCAGUAAGAGGUCUGACAUGAAGCGUGUUGAGAGCCAAAACACUUAUAGCGCUGAGUAAAUGGCAUGUUGCUGAGGAGUGGUUUAGAGACAGGAGAUUAAGAUUUUCUUCUUUAAUUUUGGCUUUAGAUUUAAAGUAAACUUUAAUGUUUUAAAAGUAUUCACAGAUUUAAUACCUAGCAUAUACAUAAUAUAAUUAUAAGCAGCUGAAACACGAGUGAUAUUUACUUCAGUCUUUCUGUCUCCUCUGUCAGUCUCUCUUUCUUUUUUUUUUUUUUUGAACAAAGAUUCACCUGAUUGGGGCACUCUGGGAUAGCACUGCAUUGGGGCCACAUGAUCACCAUCAGGAGCAACCUCUGACCUCCUCUGCCUGCAGCUUUUACUUAACCCUGUAGUUUCUGGACGUUUGUGCAGUAUUGAAAAGACAGGAAAAAGAAACAGAUAAACAUGGUUAUAACCUGACGCUAAAACUAAAACCAAGGAAAUGUACCUCUUUCUUCAGAAUUAAAACUAAAAUCUUAAAUAAAACAGAGAACUUGAUGAUGA